AUGAGGGAACUAAAGAGUGGGGCGUUCUGGCGUGCCGUGGCCGCAGAGUUCAUCGGUAUGCUACUGUUUAUCAUUUUCGGCAUUGGUGCGGCCAUAGGGAACCCAUCUAAAGACUCCCAGGAGGUGAAGGUGUCUCUGGCCUUUGGGUUGGCCAUCGCGACCCUGGCUCAGAGUUUGGGGCAUGUGAGUGGAGCUCACCUGAACCCAGCGGUCAGUCUUGGUUUGCUGGUCAGCUGUCAGAUCAGCUUUCUGCGCUUCAUCUUCUACACUCUGGCACAGAUGCUGGGGGCAGUGGCGGCCAGUGCGCUGCUGAAUGGAUUCAGGCCUCGGGCGAUCGGACUGGGGGUGAACCAGAUUGGCAACGUGUCUCUGGGCCAGGGUUUUGCCAUAGAGUUCUUUGCCACUCUGCAGCUGGUCCUGUGCGUCAUCGCCGUCACCGAUAAGAGACGCUCUGAUGUGCAGGGCUCCGCUCCACUGGCCAUCGGCCUGUCUGUCACACUGGGGCACUUGGUGGCGAUCAGUUACACCGGAUGUGGCAUCAACCCGGCACGCUCCUUUGGCCCGGCCGUCAUACGCAAUGAAAUGAAGUACCACUGGGUGUACUGGUUGGGUCCUAUGUGCGGGGGCAUCGCGGCGGCUUUUAUCUACGACCUGAUCCUCGCCCCUCGCACGCCCAGCCUGAGCGCGCGGAGAGAUAUUCUAUUGAACGGGCUGGACGACGAAGCAGAUGCUAACCUUCUGAGAGAGGGAGACAGCCCGGGACCCAGCCAGUGGCCCAAACAAUGAGCCUGCAGCAGUUUGCUAUCCAGGGGUUUCACAUGAAAACUUAGGCCUGUUGCCAGUAAACUCGAUUUUGAUACUAUUUAGACAAUAGAAUAUCAUUUUCAGCAUUAAAUAGUACUUCCAUAGUGGUUGCCAUAGCGAAUAACCAUUUAAAACAGAAUAUUCUAUCGUGUGAAUGAGAAUAAGUCCUCAAAGUGCUGCCUAUAACAGGAACCCAUGAAUAGCGUACUGUUUGUCACCACUAACCACAUGUUGGAUUCUUCACCAGGGCGGGGUGUAAAAAGUUAUU